AAUUUAGCAAUGAAUCCUUUCUAUACCAUAAUUUUAUUUUAUUUUUUAGGUACCUACUUGGACUUUGGUGAUCAAAUAUAUGCAUGUGACCAUUGUGGUGCUUUAUUUUGGUUGGAAGAAAGAAUAAACAAGGUUAUGGGUAAUCAAAAUCCCAAGUAUUCGCUCUGUUGUACUCAUGGGAAGAUAAAGUUGCCUCCGCCUUCAACUCCACCGACCUCAAUAUUUGGAUUAUUUUUUAAUAACGAUGUUAAGAGUACCCACUUUUUGCAAAAUAUUCGAUCUUAUAACAAUAUGUUUUGCUUUACUUCCAUGGGUGGGAAAAUUGAUAGGACUAUUAAUAAUGGAAAUAGUCCACCCGUAUUUAGGUUGCAUGGGCAGAAUUUUCACUUAAUGGGCAGCUUGCUUCCAGAAUUACGUGCACAAGAUGAUUCUACUAAUAGAUUACAUGUUGAUAUCGUCCAAGAUAUUAAAGAUGCAUUGGAUCACAAUAAUGUUUUAGUCAAAACUUUUAGAAUGGCGAGAUCAGAGAUUGAAACUAAUCCCAUGACUGAGAUUAAGAUCAAACUUAUUGGAAAGAGGACUAAAGAUGCAAGGACAUAUAACUUGCCCCAAGUUGGAGAAGUUGCUGCAUUGAUUGUGGGAGAUAUAGAUCCAAACAUGGGGCAACGUGAUAUCUUGGUAGAAUCAAAGGCUGGUCAUUUUCAAAGAAUCAGUGAAUUAAAUCCUGCAUAUCUCCCACUUCAGUAUCCAUUGCUCUUUCCAUAUGGUGAAGACGGGUAUAGAGAGGACAUUCAAUUUGCAGAAGUUGAUGGUAGAAGUGCAGCAAGGAGAAAUCGCAUUAGUCCCAGAGAAUAUUUUUCUUUUCGCCUACAGGAUAAAGUGUAUGAAAUGUCAACAUUGUUGUAUGCUAGAAGGUUAUUUCAACAAUUUCUGGUGGAUGCAUAUACUAUGAUUGAAUCAGGGCGCUUAGUAUACAUUAGGACUCACCAGAAAUCCCUUCGAUGUGAGUCAUAUAAAUGUUUGACUGAUGCAUUAACACGUGGAGAAGUAGAUCCUACAGCCCAAGGAAAGCGAAUCAUUUUGCCAUCGAGUUUUACUGGAGGCGCAAGAUAUAUGGUUCAGAAUUACCAAGAUGCAAUGGCAAUUUGCAGAUGGAUUGGGUAUCCAAGUCUUUUUAUUAUGGCAAUUUGCAGAUGGAUUGGAUUUUUACUCACAUGUAACCCCAAGUGGCCGGAGAUUGAAAGAUUUUUACAAGCAAGGAGAUUAAAGGCUGAGGAUAGGCCAGAUAUUAUAUGUCGUGUUUUUAAAAUGAAGUUAAAUGCACUUAUAAAAGAGCUUCGGAAAGAUAACAUUUUUGGAUCUGUUUUAGCAGUUAUCUACACAAUUGAAUUCCAAAAAAGGGGGUUACCACAUGCUCACAUAUUACUAUUUCUGGCCAAAAGUCAUUCUGCUUCGACUCCGAGAGAUAUUGACAUGAUGAUAUCUGCUGAGGUACCAAGUGACUUGUGUGAUCCUGAGUAUUACAAAGCUGUAGAAGAAUUUAUGAUGCACGGACCCUGUGGUUCAGCGAGGAAGAGUUCACCUUGCAUGGUGAAUGGUAGAUGCUCUAAAUUCUACCCAAAGAAAUUUGUUGAGAAGUCCACUUUGGAUGAAGAUGGCUACCCUAUUUAUCGUAGGAGCGAUAAUGGUCGUACCAUAACAAAGAAUGGCAUUGAGCUUGAUAGUAGAUAUGUUGUUCCACACAACAGGUAUUUGUUGCUGAAGUAUAGGGCGCAUAUUAAUGUUGAAUGGUGUAAUCAGUCCCGAUCAAUUAAGUACUUAUUCAAGUACGUCAACAAAGGCAACGACAGGGUUACAGCUGAAUUCUACAAUAGUGCGGCAGAAAAAGGUACUGGAAAGGAGAUAGAUGAAAUAAAGAUGUACUAUGAUUGUAGGUAUAUUUCACCAUGUGAGGCCGCUUGGAGGAUAUUUGCAUUUGAUAUACAAUUUAGGAAUCCUUCUGUUGAGCGAUUGAGUUUUCAUCUACCAAAUGAGCAAUCUAUCAUAUUUGAUGAUGAUGAUGUGGUCGGCGAUGUUGUCAACCGUCCAACAGUCGCACACAGUAUGUUCACUGCAUGGUUUGAGGUUCGUGGACCGACUUGCUUUGAUGAUAUCAAAACGGUGGAUGGUGUGCAAUAUAAUUCAUUUAGAGAUGCAUGUUAUGCACGUGGUUUAAUUGAGGAUGAUAAAGAAUAUGUUGAUGCAAUAACUGAAGCAGCAUUGUGGUCUUCUUCCCAUUCUUUGAGGAAAUUGUUUGUUACAUUAUUGACCUCAAACUCAAUGGCCAAGCCAGAAAAUGUAUGGGAAGUUGUUCGGCAGUACCUAUCAGACGAUGCUGAAUUCAAUGCUAGAAGAAAAUUAAAUAUUCCAGAUUUAAUCCUCAAUGAAGCCCAAAAAUACAAUUUUGCUUUGAUUGAAGUUGAAAAGUUGUUGAAUACUUGGAACAAGUCAUUAGCAGAUUAUCCACCCAUGCCAAUACCAAAUAGAAGUAAUGACUGGUUUUUAGGUAAUCGGUUGUUGUACGAGGAAAUGGCAUAUGACCGAGAAGCUUUAAAACAAGAACAUGAAAGUUUGGUUUCAAAACUAACUGAUGAACAGUUAUCAAUCUACAAAAAAGUUAUUCAAGAUGUUCAAUCAAAUAAAGGUGGGUUGUUUUUUGUUUACGGAUAUGGUGGCACAGGGAAAACAUUUUUAUGGAGGACAAUGUCAGCUGCUUUAAGAUCCAAGGGUGAAGUUGUUUUAAAUGUGGCAUCAAGCGGUAUAGCUUCUUUACUACUACCUGGUGGGAGGACUGCACACUCAAGGUUUGCUAUACCCAUUUCUAUUAAUGAAGACUCCACUUGCAACAUUAAGCAAGGUAGUCCACUUGCUGAAUUAAUUGUAAAAGCAAAGAUGAUCAUUUGGGACGAAGCUCCUAUGAUGCACAAACAUUGUUUUGAAGCAUUAGAUAGAACAAUGAGAGACUUAAUGCGUUUCUCACAUUCAAAAAGUUCAGAAAUGACAUUUGGUGGAAAAACAGUUGUCCUCGGUGGUGAUUUUAGACAAAUACUUCCGGUUAUUCCGAAAGGCACAAGACAAGAUAUAGUACAAGCCAGUAUUAAUUCGUCUUACUUGUGGAACAAUUGUGAAGUUCUUCGUUUAACCAAGAAUUUGCGUUUGCGUGGUAUUACAAUUGGAGAAGAGGUUGAGAAGUUAGAGACUUUUGCAAAUUGGAUUGCUGAUUUAGGCGAUGGAAAGUUAGGUCAAAACAAUGACGGUGAGUGCAAUAUAGUUAUUCCGUCUCAGUUUGUAUUGCAAAACGAAGGUGACCCCAUCAAAGAAAUUACAUAUUUGAGUUGUGAUUCGGUGUGCAAGUCAGACACAAAUGCUAAUAUGUUAUCUGAAGUACACACCACUGAAUUUCUUAAUAGUUUGAGGUGUUCAGGUGUUCCAAACCAUUCUUUAACAUUAAAGGUUGGAUCUCCAAUUAUGCUUUUGAGGAAUAUAGACCACUCAUUGGGCCUUUGUAACGGCACACGGUUGAUCGUUACAAAAUUAGGCAACCAUGUGAUCGAAGCUCAAAUCCUAUGUGGAAACAAUGCAGGUACAAAUGUUCUUAUCCCACGAUUGGCAUUGACUCCUUCAGACCCAAGACUUCCUUUUAAAUUUCAAAGGAAGCAAUUUCCAGUUAUGUUGUCAUACGCAAUGACAAUCAACAAGAGUCAAGGACAGACGUUAUCACAUGUCGGACUUUUACUAAAAAAACCCGUCUUUAACCAUGGCCAAUUGUAUGUAGCAGUUUCGAGGGUUAGUAAUCCCGAUGGUCUUAAGGUUUUAAUAUGUGGUGAAUCUAGAGGCUUUUUGAACACUAAACAAAAUGUCGUUUACAAAGAAAUUUUUAAUAAUUUGUAA